AGCAUGAAAGAGUUCUUGAGGCGACAGUGCAAACGAAAAAUGACUAAAGCUGCUGUGUUUUUUGUGACUCGUUUCAUUUUUCUAUCAUAACCUUGACUGGAAUAACUCAUCUAAGUUUCUUCUGAUCUACACUUGGAAUUAUCCUACACCUGCUUUCCUUAGGACCAUGGAGUCAGCAGAGAAAACAUCUGCAUGCGAAGCAUUUUACAUCUUUUAAUACUCAGUGACAACUUCAACAAGCCCCUGGUAAGUUAACGGACUUCUGUGUACCAUACUUGACUUUUUUGUGUCACCAGAAGUUUCAAAUGCGAACUUUUCUUUUAUUUCAUGGCUCUGAAUGUGAGUCUACUCCAAAGGCCAAUGACAAUUCCUUCAAGAAAACAAAGUUAAUGGACUCUUACUCACUUUGACAUGUGUUACAACACAAGCUGAAUGCAGUCAGGCAUCAGGCUUGAUACUGUUACAUAAAACAUGACAAAUGAGACUACAGACAAUUGAAUUCCCCUUUGAGGAUAAAUACAGUUAUUCUUAUUCUUAUAUAUUUUUCUUUGCAGAGCAAGUUUCAUUUGCAUGCCUCUUUCAUUUCUGUGUUUGAAGCAUGUGUUUCUGCUGACGCUUUAAGUGACAUUUUACAAACUUGUGAUUCUGUCCUCACCAGCAUUUUGGUGGUUAAGCAACUUUUUAACUGUUUGACACUUUCCACAACACAUUCUAUCUCCAGCGAUCGGUUGUUAACACAUGGUUUGGGCCGUUCAGACACAGCAAAUAUAUAACUGUCAAGAGCACACCAGGGGUGUCUCUGUCAACUUCCCCGAGGAGGUUUUACGUGACCAACCAACCACACAGGAAGCGUGUACGAUUUCCCGUUAGUCUUAGUGAAACCUCAAACAGAAUUAAAUUUAAAAUUUAUGUUUGCACUACUUUCACCUCAGUUCUACUGAUACACGGUCAUGGUGAUAAACUAAAAUUACAACACAAUACAAUAAUAGAACUUUAUUUAUACCCAAAAGUAAAGUAGUUAAAUUGCAGAUAAACUAAGUUGUGACCUGACCUGCCCAGUGGUGGUCAGACAGUUUCAGCUUCUUUGACGUUGGCAUACAGUAGAUCCAGGGUUUUGUUUUCUCUGGUAGGACGAUUAACAAACUGUGUAAACCCAGUCAGCUAAGGGGAGAGAGUGAAAUGACUCAAGGCUCCUGAUAUUUUUAUAAGUGCCUCAGGAUGUUGAGCCUGUAUCCUAGCAACAAUGUAAUGGAGAACAUCAUACAGAACUUAAGCUGUUGCCUUGGAACAUAAUGUGGCUGAAGAGCAACUGCCAACAGAUCAAUAUCUGGACAACACAACUUCUCCUUGACAGUUAAGCGUGACGGGUUACACCAUCUCUGGUUAACAAAUAAAGCCAGACCCCCACCUACCUUAUACAUUAUCUAAAGAUCUUGCAUAUACAGCAAUUAGUUUGCAUUAUUUUCUUAAAGUUAAACUGUAUUAAGUCAAGUCAGUGAGAAUGAAGGGUGUGUGGAUUGUUUGUUAUUCAAAUAAAGACUGUGAUCGAGAUUUAAAACAAUGGCACCCUUAAAGCCCUGAACACAAUAGCUCAAUCACAACUUCAUAUAUUUUUUUUCCUUUUUUUCAUAAGACGUCUUUUCAGUGCUGUGUGGGGAGGCAGAAUUUUCUUUUAUUAACAACAGGCAUGCUGCUCUCUAUGUAUGCAUUCAGGAUUUCUAAUUGCUCAUGCACAAAAUGAAUUACGGAAACACUCAUCUCUUCCUGGAGGCCUGUGUUUUUGUCUGUGUGUGAGUGUGAGUCCUGCAGGUCCAGCAGGCUACUGAAGGAGGACAGAUAAAACUCUUUUUCAUUCAUUUCAGUGUCUUAAUCCUGUGUCGAUAUCUUAAUGGUAAAGGCAUAUCGACAUUUUUAAGAAACUGCUAACAGCACAGAAAACUAAAGCAGUGUAUGAUUUGAGAAUGAAAUGAACUUCGAGAGCAGAGAAAAGAGUUAAUCUAAUAGUUCUCAUUUCUAAUACAGACAUGAUUGGCUGUAUGAAGCGUACCCUCCAGUAUAUCAUAACAACUAAAAUGACUUUCACGAUAAACACAGUAGAGCUGGAAAUCCUUAAAUGUUUAUCUGACACUAAUAACAAAGCUGAGCUGCACGGCCAGGCACUCUCAUUUAAAGGUGCGUCAUGUCCAAAAAUAACUACGGGCUAUCAGCGUAUGAUUGUGAGACUGAGCAGAAAUUUCUCUAACAGAGCUGCCUCAUUGAAAACUCAAAUAGAUCCUGCCAUUACCUGUGAUUUGAGCCACUAAUGCUACAUUGGCCUUUUGAGUGCAAACUUGACAUCCAGACAAGAUAUCAACUCUGUUAUGAAUGAGUGUCAUGACCAUUUUCUUGUUGCACUGAUGUCUGAAUAACAUUGUUCUGUUUAGGUACACAAACAAGAGAGUCGGAGGGCAGAACUUGUGAGACUUUCUCAUGGAGAGGAGAGAAUUGUACGACUCUAUCCUGGACCGAAGCAAACGCAUAAUGUGGCAGGACGACUGCUACGUGGAUCUUCAAUCUACAUCUUCCUCUGUGUCUUCACAAACUGAAACUAGAGGUAAAAUAUGAUAAAGUAUCACUUACUGUCUUCUCGUAUGGUUUCAAAUCUGCGCCUGUCCUCUUUGUUGUCGUUUUAAACCAAAACCACGACUCUAAAGGAUGGGUUUGAGAAUAAUGGCACAAACGGUAAAGCUUGAGCCAAGAUGGGGACACACAGAGAAACAAAGACAAAUGUGGGCAAUAAAACUGGUUGUAACAACAACAACAACAACAUUGCAGGAGAUCUGAUACUUUGACAUUAUUAUCUAUGUGGUUUAAAUUAAACUAAGUCAUAUGCAUUCUGCUUUUCCUAUCUUGACUACAGCCGUGAGAUAAAAGAGCAUUCCGAUUUACCACAGGAGCUGUCAGUAGCAAAAUAAGAUGAAAGAAACAGGAUGAAUCAAAGUUUGUCAGGUCAUCCAAAUGUCAUCUAAUUAUGAAGGAAAUGUUCUUAAAAACAUACUCUUUUACAAUAAUACAAGCGAGAAAGUGGUUUUGAGUGAGCCUCUUUUAGUUCUAGUUGAAGAUUUUAUUUCUGUCAUGAUAAAAGGAGUAUUUUUGUGGCCACUAUUGAACAAGAUUUUGUAGCAGAAGACCUGUUGAGAAAAUAAAUGGAGACGCUGGCUCAAUAAAACACUCCUGAACAAAAACAGCAUGUGCAAAAAUGGCUGUUAUGUGGGAUUAAAUUAAAGUUAGCUCUGAAUAAAGAAAAAAAAGGCUGUGUUUUAUCGUUAAGGCUGAGUAGGGGUCAAAUCCCACAAUGCUCUGCUCUUUCACUUAAAAAGAAAAUGCACGUUUAACUCUAACUGUUAAUGUUGUGGGAAAAAAUGUUAAGGGCAUCUGCAACAUACGGAUAAAGUAAUAAUUCUGAAAGCUGGAGCAAUUGUUUGUGACCAUCACUUAGCUACCGUGAAUUACAAAGUGUGACACAUCACUCACCACAUCCGCUGAACACUUUCCCGGGAGGUCCCCGAUACUGUUACAGGUGUGUUAGUGGCAUGAUUUUUAUUUAAGACAAAUGGUGAUGAAGAAAAUAACAAACACUCCAAAAAGAAACUCUUAAAUGGACUCUCCUUUCACUUAUAAAGGCGCGGUAAGGAAACAUUUUGACUAAAUUUGGGUUAUAAUCUGAAAGUCUAAAGAGACUAGAGGGACUUGAAGGUGCCACUAACAGUGUGUUUCAGAAGCACCGAUGGUAAUUGCAGGUAUUAAUAAGUACUUGGACACUUAAAGCAAGCUGUGAUCCGUGACCUGCCAUUCCUGUCUUGAGAUGUUAACUUUAAAGACUCAACAGCUAAUUAGAGCAAGCUUUUAGAGUUUAAAAGGGAGACUGUAAGAACACCUUAACUAUGCAAGCUCAGGUUUAUAUAACCAACAGCCAGUGUCAAGCUCAAAGUUCAGUUCACACCAAUUAAAAUGAACAAGUUCAUGUUCAUAGUUCAUUCUUGAAAUUUUGAACUUAGUUCAUGAUCCAAAAAAGGAACUAGUUCACGUUAUUUUUCUGGUUCAAGUUACUGGAGAGCCAUCUAUGCUUUAAUCCCUCGAGCCAAUUCCAGAAAUAAGUGAAUCACUGUUUGCUAUUAUAGCACCACAGACAGAUAUUCAGUUCAAAACCCCUGCAAACAGCACUGUUUGAACUAACUGCAGGAUUGGCCAUACUGAAUGCAUGGAGGAUCUGAGUUUUGCUGCAGUAAAACUUAGUGCUUGGCAUCUCUCUGCACCUUUCGGCACCUCUCAGAAUGUGGGCGGUCGUUCCCUGCCUCUGGAGUAAGUAAUGCUCACGCUCCCAUUCGUGAGUGGUUCAGUUCACCGUUCAUGAAAAUAUGAGUAUGUUCAAUGAGUGCGUUCAUUGUCACUCUUUUAUGCACUACACUACCAACAGCUUGUAUUUUAUAUACAAUUUUGGCUGAAGCUUACAUUUCACAUCUAACACCUUGUUUCAAGACUGUAAUAAUGUUGAUACAUAAAUGAGUCUCUGUGUGCUCCUGAGAGAAAAAUAUGAGCAUAGAAAGCAUCAUUGAUUGUUGUUAUCGAUUAUUGGCUCAAUGUUAAUAUCCCCAGAGCAUGAAUCAAAGCUGGCUGAAAGAAUUUUUCCUUCACAGGGCUGCCUAGGUCAUCUCUGGGAUCAAAUUAAAAAUGAAUGCCAUUUGAACUGUGAAAUGUUUAGUCUAUAACACUGUUGAAAAUCUGAUUCACAGGCAAAUGGGUGUUUUAGCCAUGCUUGAAGUCUGUGAGGCUGCCUCAAGUGCCCUGAGUUAAAUGUGAGCAUAAUGAAGCGUGCUUAUGUGCUUAGAAGCAGGAAUAUAGGUUAUGACCAGUAGUGCACAUUUGAGCUAAUUCAAUGAGUAGAUGUAAUGAUAGAUUACAGAAAAUGUGUUAAAUUGGACAUGCUGGUAUGUGUGAGUGUGCGAGAGAGAGAGAGAGAGAGAGAAAGAGAGAGAGAGACAGAGUUGUUAUUAUUAUUGCUGUUCAUUCUCACUGACUUGACCCCAAAAGUUGAUGCUAACUUCUCAGUAAUCUGCUGUUGCCUAUAAAUAGUGUUGAACAGCUCAAAGUCAAGGCUUCCUCUUGCAUGUGGUGUUUACGUCCAAACAUUGCACCCCCCUGAGUUGCACCAAUUUAUCUGUUUCUGGUGAGUCAGAGAAAGUAAACCACACAGAGGCUUGAUUCUAGCCUUCUUGACUCAACGUGGCGAUUGACAAACUAAGUUUUAAAUUGCAAGUGAAAAGAUGGGAUGUUUAAAAAGUAAAGCUUUAUCAGCGCAGUCCUCCUGAGGGGCAGUAAAAAGAAAAACAUAAAAAAGGUCGUCGGCUGAGUCUGUUGACCAUUUUUGACAGAUUCCACCACUUCUUGGAUUUUGUAGCACAAUGUCAAGCAGAUUUGUUACUCGGUAAAAUUUCUGAUCUAUUGCAGCAUUCUUGCUGAGCUUUUAUGCAGAUAUCUGUUCAUAGAGAUAAAUGAAUCAUCAUCAGAUCACAGCAGAUAUAGAGCCUGAAUGACUGCGGACUGGGGUAAUCCAAUAAUACCACUGAACAACAACAAGAAGAAAUAAACUUCAGAUACUGAAAAUCCAGACCCCUGAGUAGAUAUUUUAGGUAUUCAGUAAGAAAAAGAGAGGGUGAGGUUGAAACAGGAAUAGGAUGUGGUAGUGUCUUGCUGUUCAAUAUAGCAAGCCCCCAAGCAGCUAUUUAAAGAAGUAAAAGACUGUUCUUCACAAUAACAAAUGUUGUGCAACUUAAUAGUUGAAAUGAAAAAAAAAGGAGGUAGAAAUUUAAGUAGAAAAUCAAUACGUGCUACUUAAUAUUCAUAGAUUUCUGAAUCAGUGGAACUCAACAGCACCCUUAAGGCAAUAACAAAACUUGUUUAAUCAAACUGAUAGGCUUCUUGUGCACGUUCAGACAACCAAUUGCGUCUGUCUUGAUGGUAACCUUCAUCAGUGCUCAGUUCUCUCUUUAAUGAAGUUCAAAAAAUAGCUUGAAUGAAGAAAUAAUAUCCCUCUCUUCUAGUCUGACACAUAUUCUGUCACGUAUGUCUUCCCUUAUCUUAAAAAAGAUUACUGAAUGAUAAAUACUUGCUCCACUGAUUGUUUCUCAGAUCAGUAACAAGGGUGACAGAUGGUGGUUUAAGUUUCCCCUGUGCUCUGAUCCUUUGUAGAUCUUCGUUGGAUUCAAAAGAAUCAAGACCAGCUGCAGCGUUUUAUCACUGCCUCCUUCCUGGAUGAGAUGUUAACUCAUCUGAGACAGGUUGAAGUGCUGACUUCAGCUGAGGAGGCCAAGGUUAGAGAAGCAGGCCAGUUGCAGGACCAGGUUAACAUGCUAACAACUAUUUUCACUGGAAAAGACAGUCAAGGCUCUGAUGCUCUCAGAGGAUUCAUCGAGAGCUCAGAUUCUCAGGUGGCCCAGCUCAUCAUAAACCAUGGUAAGAAAACAAAAAACUUGGUGACACUUGAAUAGGUAGGGUAAAGGUCUGAUCAAGAAAAAUCCCUUAAGAAAAGGUAAAUAUUGACACUAUUCAACUUAAAAAAGAUUUUGAUGGUUUGCAAAGCAUUCAAUUCCUGUAUCUAAUUGAUAACAGUGUACAGUACAAGUUAGAUAAUUUCAAUGUUUUGUGAAAAUUAGGUGCUUACUUGAAAUGAUGCUGGCAACACAUUUCAAAAAGAGUUGAAGCUGAGACAAUAACACUGAAAAAGUGUCUGAUUCCUACAGAAGACGAGCUCAGUCAUGAAUUUUUCUUUUAUGUGCUCUUAUCUUGUGAUAACAACUUAUCUCAUUAUCUCGAUAUAACAAAGAUUGUUUUCUUGUGAUAAUGGGAAUGGCAUUUUAGCCAAGCUAAAAUAGUAACUUUUAAAAACGCCCUCCAGAGAGGGAUAUUUCUGAUCUGUUGUCAACAGCUAGCAGGGGUUUUCAAUGAAAACACUGACAUCACACUCCACUUUGUGCAUGCGCAUUACAAUUUUAACAUGGGAACAUUUAACUGCUAUGCGCAAAUCGGACAACAGCAUGGUGGACACAUUAUUAAUUAAUUAGUCAUCAUGAGAAAAUGAUCUUUGUUAUGUCGAGAUAAUAAGUAGUUAUCAGGAGAUAAAAGUGUAUUAACAAAAAAAAAAAAAAAAAAGUCCAUGGCCGUUCCGUAUAUUCCAAACCGUGAGGAACAACUCCAAACUAAUGAAGUCAAUUUGCAACAAGUUAGAGACAUAACUAUGAAAAAGCAGGUCAACAAUCGCAGAAUAUUGUUUAUCUGUUUAAAUUUGCAAAUAAACAAUAAAAAAAACGGUCCAUAUGAAAAGUCCAUGUACAGCCCAAAUCAGCACAUAUUACCACACUGUGGCUCUGGUUGUUAAACUAGCUAAGCAAAAAUGGGAAAACUUGUCACUUUCAUAACUUCUAGCACAGACCCGUUUGGUUCCCAGAGAUUCACUGAAUCUUGCUAGAAGAGGAGGUGAUGCAGCGUUGUGGUAAUAAUACCCCAGUCAACUUUUUAAUACGUGUCACCUGCAUCAAAAUUUAAAUGCACAUAUAUUUUCAUAAAACAUGUACUUUUUGUUUUAGUUUUAACAUAUAUGUUGCAACAACUGCUAUGCUGUUUUUCGCACUAUUUUCAUAGGGUUUAAUCAAACAGUGAACCACCAAAUGUUCUAUUUAUUCACAUUUUACUCCAUGUCCCAACUUUUUUGAAAUUGGUUUUCUAAAACUUUGGCAACAAAAAUUCAAAGACAGUCUAUCCAAAUGUCUUCUUGUCCUUCCCUGUUUAUCCUGCAGAUCCCAUGGUGACAGCGCACAAAGAGGUGCUGCUCAAAAGAAAUGAACAGAACAAAGAUCAAGAUUCUUCCAGCUGUCCCAAACUAAGCAUCUCCUCGAGAACCUUACUUCUGGUUGAUGGACUCUCUGACCUCCAGCAAAAAGAACAUGACCUAAUGCAAGUUGGGGUGACCAGAGGAAGGAAAAGAAAUCACCUCAGACAGCUCGGACUAACCAAACUCUUCGAGCCCCUGACUCGGGUUAGCUUACCUCCAAGGGUUUCUGUCACAGUCGGUGUGGCUGGAAGUGGCAAGACCACCUUGGUCAGGCACUUCAUCAAACAGUGGUGCCAGGGGGCCAUCUGUACAGAUGUAAGCUUCAUCUUGCCUUUCACCUUUUGUGAGCUGAAUUCAUUAGAGAAACUCUCAGCGGAGAAGCUGGUGAAAAUGGCUUUUCCUCAUUUGGCAGACCCUGGUCUGGUCCUGAGCAGCUCCUGUCGGACACUGCUUAUACUGGAUGGCUUGGAUGAAUUCCGCUGCACUUUAAAUUUCUCUGACGCAGCUCCUUGUAAUGACCCCAAGAAAGAGGUGUCCAUUGACGAUCUUGUUACAAAUAUCAUCCGAGGGAAUCUGCUACCUGACGUAGCAGUGUGGGUGACCUCCAGGCCAGGAGUGGCUUCCCUCAUCCCUGGAGGAUUGGUGGACAGGGUGACCGAGAUCCCAGGAUUCAGCCAGAAGGACAUCCAGCUCUUCCUAAACCACCACUUCUCUGAGAAGGAUUAUGCUGGUAAAAUAUGGGCGCACUUGGAGUCACAUAGAACCUUAAUGGUGAUGUGCCACAUCCCUGGCAUCUGCUGGAUAGUAGCUGACACUCUGAUGUAUAUCAUGCAGAGUGAGACACAAGAGAGCCUUCCAAAAACUUGCACGGAGAUGUAUGCUCACUUUUGCUCCAUGAAGGCAGAAAUGGGAGAACCGAGAGGAAGGGAACCUGUAAAAACAGAGCAGCAUGGGAACAAUCGUAAGCUGAUGGGCAACCUGGGACGGCUUGCAUUUUAUGGGCUUCUCAAACGCAAGUACACCUUCAGUGAGCAGGACCUCAGGGCUUAUGGGAUAGAUCUACUGUUAACUCAGUGUAGUCUUGGUGUUGGAGUGCUUAUCCGGGAGGAGUCUGCCAUAUACACAACGUACCGAUUCACCCAUUUGACUCUACAGGAGUUUCUUGCGGCUUCUUUCUACCAUGUCUCCUCCAAGCGAGCCAUCUUUGAUUUGUUCUCAGAGAGCACCAUGUCUUGGCCAAAGAUCGGCUACCAGAACCACUUCAGAAGUGCUUUUCAGCACUCCCAACAAGCUGGAGAUGGUCACUUGGAUGUGUUCGUGCGCUUCCUGACAGGCCUGCUUUCUUCAGUUGCACAAAGACCUCUAGCUGGGCUCCUGGCCCUCGGGAAAGAUGAUGGCAGUCAGAGGGCUUGGGCGGCAGGGUUUCUACAAAGCCUCUUGGUCAGCGGUGGUGCUGUGGUGUCCCUGCGUGCUGUCAACUUAGCUUAUUGUUUACAGGAGCUGCAGCAUACAGAGCUGUUGCGGAGUGUAGAGGAGGACUUACAGCUUGGCAGUCUGGCAGGGAAGUUGACAAGAGCUCACUGUGUCGUUCUGGGCUACUUACUCCAUGUGUCACCAGAGUGCAGCGAACAAACCAACCUAACAAGCUCUCUUACCUACUCGACAGUGAAGUGUUUGCUCCCACAGCUGCUGUACUGCAGCCAUCUCAGGUUAGUGGCAUCACAUAUUGACCAAACCAAGUACUCAGGCAAAAGACAAGGUUGAACUGAAACCUCAUCUGCUCCACAGGUUAGAGAACAAUAACUUCAAAGAUGAUGUCAUGGAACUACUUGGAAGCCUCCUGAGUGCCAAAGACUGCCAUAUACAAAAGAUUAGGUGAGAUCAUUCCCUUUUCAGAGCCUUCGGGUAAAAGUAUAAUAAUCCCCCAGGGUUCAGGCCUGAUUGUUCACUGUAAUUGUUCACUGUAAUUAUGAAUAAGUGCCAGUCCUGCUGCGUCCUACAAUUAAAAGAACAUAGAUUAUCGCGUACUUUAAGGACUUGAAGAUAAUAAAUGUGAUUUUCCUUUUUUUCCCUUAAGUUUGGCAGAGAAUAACAUCAGCGGCAAAGGAGCCAAAGCCCUGAGUCGAGCCCUGUUGGUCAACCGGACACUUUCUUCCCUCAAGUGAGAUCCCUUUUUGACUUGUUGCAGCUAAAUAAAGUGAAAUCUGUUCACCCUUUUCCUGCACUGCACUGCGCUUAGCCUGGACAGCCUCAGCUUAGCCUGUUGGGCUGAUUUUUAUUCAAAGAAGUGUAAAUUAGUCUCAUGAUCCAAGAAAAAGGCAAUGAAAUUUUAUUGGUGAUAAUGAUCUAAUCACCACACAAACCAUAGUUAUUGACUACCUUAAGUUCUUUUAGAUUUGUAAAUAUAGCCAAACAUAAAAAUAAUUCCACUUGGACUAUUAGUGACGGUUACGGUUCCCUGGUCGUCCUUCUGAUACUCACACCUGUGUGACAGCUGGCUGCUUGUAGUUCCCACCUUUUGGAAUCAUCUAAAGUCAGCAUAUGGCUGUCCAACUGUUUCAUUCACUGUUUCCAAAAUUCCCAUGGUCCUUCUGUGAUGUUUGCCCCUUGCUGUUCAUCCUCAAACCAUCAUUUCUUUAUGUAGUCUCAGGAACAACAAUAUAGGCUCCAAAGGUGCAAAGUACUUGGCUGAGGCUCUGAAAAUGAACCAAGUUCUGGUAUCAAUAAAGUGAGUAUAAAUGUCAUAUUUUGGUGAUUGCAAAUACUGGCUCAGUGUCUGUGUAAUUGCUUAAUUAUUCAAACCACACAUCAGUUUCCAGAACAAUGCCAUAGAAGAGGAAGGUGCUCAGGCCCUUGCAGAAGUACUGCAGUGCAACCGCAAACUGGUGUCUCUUAAGUGAGUUGCUGACCUUCUAGCCUUUUAUUUCCUACUUCUGUGUUUGUGUAUACUGUGUGCACAUGUUGACAUGUGUUGUCAUUAGUACUUCUGACUUUUCGGUCUAAUAACUCAGUUUGCAGAAGAAUAAGAUUGGUGCAGGAGGAGCCAAAAGGAUUGCAGAUGCACUGAAGACAAACCUGGCUCUCACAAAGCUGAUGUAAUCUAAAGCUUGAACACUUGAACAUUUGAUACUUUCCACACAUAUAGUUCUUGGGAAUGUGUUCAUCCUUUCUUGUUUUACUCUGCAGUCUUUGUGGGAAUCAGCUUGGGGACAAAGGAACAAUUGCUCUGGCAGAAGCUUUGACAGUCAACCACACUUUGCUCUCACUUCAGUGAGUACCUUCUGUGCUGGCAGGAUGCUGCUACCACAUCUGCAUGUACUGCUAAUGCAUUGUGUUUAACAUCGUGGAUACCAACUUGAGUUCAUAGACAAUGAACAUCGUCUUGCACAUAAAAGCUGCAUGCCUUUUUUUUUUGUUUGUUUGUUUGUUUUGAGCAGACUCCAGAGUAAUUCGAUCAGCAACAGGGGGAUGACAGCCUUGACCAAAGCACUGAGGUCAAACCGAGGUCUUCUCUCUUUGAAGUGAGUGUCAUUUAUGUUACAUCAGGUACUUUACCAGCAAAAAACAAGGCUACUUCGAAAUGUGACUGGUUUUAUGUUUUUUUUUUUUUGUUUUUUUUUGUCCUAUUGGACAAAAUGCCAUGGGUGACAAUAGAUGGGUUAUAAGAUUACAUUCUGACCACAGAGUUUUGCUUCUCUUGGUGACUAGGUGGACUGUUUUCUUGUGUACAGCCUUAAUACAAAUGGUCAAUAGGAAUGCCCAACAGACAAAACCAACAACACUUCCUGAACUAAAAUCUGGUCCAAAGGCCCGAAGAUUCUGCAUAUUUAAACUCAAUUCAUAAAUAGAAGUGACACUGCAGUUUCUGUUCCUCCGUGUAAGACUUUCCUGAAAUAGACUAAACUCAAUACUAGAAAAAAAUUAGCACUACAUCAGUCAAGAUCAUUUCAUCAUCAUCACUGGGUUACACAAUGUCACUUUUUAGAUGUGAAUUACACUUUCUAAAACCCAUACAGUUCUGUCCUGUUUUGAAUUUAUCACAAUAAUGUAUGGACUUUUAUUUAAUUUAAAAACAUAUUUUUUUACAGAAAUGCUCCUCUUUUAAUUAUUUGGUCACACAUGAGAUGCUUUUUUAGUCCUGAGGCAGAAACAAUUCCUGGUGACACAGCUGGUGGCACUUUGGCUCAGCUUUAGGUUUACCUGGGGACUUAGGUAUAAAUGAAGGCAAAGCCAAUAUUAACACAGAACUUUCCUGGCAUUUAGUCUUUUGAGAGGCUUCAUUUCUAAUCGCUUUUUUUCUUUGUUAUCUUCUUUCUUGUUUAGUUUAAGGGAGAAUUCAAUUGGAGUUGAGGGAGCAAAGAACAUGGCCCACGCCCUUCGAGACAACCACUCUCUGCAGGACCUUGAGUGAGUCACUUCAUUUAUCCGAAAAGUAUAGCCAAGUUUAGUGUUUCACAAAUCACUAUAAUCUCCAACUGCUUGGUAAAUGUCCCUUUUCCAGGCUGUGUUAUUUCUCCGUGGUUCAUGUUAAAUCACAUGGGGCUACUGUCUUUCUGAAUAAAUAUGAUGGCAUUCACAACUCAAUAUUCAUGGCAUUAGUGUCACAAGGCAGAGUUAUAACAAAGGAAAAAGGAUUCAAAAUGCAGACUUAAAAGUUUUGGUAAACAAGAGCCGAGGUAAAACAAAAACUUACUUUUCAAAAGAGUCCUACAGAAAAAUCCAAAUGAAAAACACUAGGAGCAAAAAAUCCUGGAGAAACAAAAGACACUGGGGGAAAACCUUGAGGGCAUCAGGUUGGGACGACAUACAGUCACGAUGAACCAACAAGAGGGGAGGCUACAAGGGGACUAAAUAGACAGGGUAACGAGUGACAAGAGGCAGGUGAGAGACACUAGGACACAGGUGCAGAUGAUCACCAAAGACUGAAAACACAGGAAGUACAACUAUACUAGACACAUAGGGAUCGACUACUACAAAAUAAAACAGGAAGUCAAACUAAGCCAGACACACAAGGAGAAGGAACUACAAAAUAAAACAGAAAAUAAUGAAAAAUGAUCUGAAAAACAAGACAAACUGAUAACUCACAAAACAGGAUCACAGGGGACAGAAACACCAGGGAAAAACAAGUACAUUACAAAACCAGGAAAAACUAAAAUCCACAAGAACAAAUCAUGACAAUUAACCUACCAAUAAUUUCUACAAUCCCAUUUAUCCAGCUAAAGGAGGUAGAAUUUAAUCCAACCAUGAAAGCUGUGUUAUCAACAUGACAGCAGACCAGCAGCUGUUUAGAUUUUCUUACUGUUUUUUUGUCGAUUAAGGAGUCAUAAACUCUGCCAUAAUGAUCAUUGCCUAUCAUCUAUUUUCAUUUAUGAUGAUGACACAAAGUCUAUGACAAUGGAUGGAUUAGUAUACAAAAAACAAUAAAAUCCUAUUCCUUGUUCAACCCACUGUCAGUGUUGUCAGAAUUAGACUGAAAUUUCCAGAAGGUUGAGGUGAUCCACAUUUCUUUGACUACUUCAGCUGUAUGACGCAUGUUACUUGGAGGCACUGUAGUAAAUUUGUUCAGGACUAUUCUAGUAUCCUACUGUUUCAAAAGAUUGUGUUUCUGUUGUGAUUCUUGAUUCAUUUCCUGUGUAUUUAUUUGGCUGCAUAUGUCUAUUUCAGUCUCACAGCAAACUUGUUGCAUGAUGAAGGAGUUCAAGCCAUAGCAGGUGCAAUCAAGGUCAAUCAAGGCCUCACAUCUUUGCAGUAAGUAACAUCUAAUUUCCUAGGGUAUCCUGAUGUUGGCAGAAAAACACAGCACCCCAUCCUGUUGAGGACUUUUUGUUGAGAACAAGUUAUUUAAAAGCGGCAUAGAAAAUCAGUCUAGUGGAGGUUUAAAAUGUCCAAAAUCACAGCAAGUCCUCAAUCCACAGUCAGAGAGAAAAAUUGCUUUGCAGUAAUGUCACUUUGCAAUUACAAUAGAAUAAAAAUGGAUCUGGCACAUGCAUAUUAGUCCUCAAAUUUCUCUUCUAUUUUUACAGCCUCCAGUGGAAUUUCAUCAAGUCCUCUGCCACCAAAGCUCUGGCCCAGGCUCUUCUCUCCAAUACUGUGAUGCAGCUCUUGGAGUAAGGCUAACAGCUCGGGCAUCUGCAUUUGUCAUCUUUUCAUUAUAAAUCCCCCAUUACAGCUGCCUCGUCCACCCUUCCUUUCCCUACAGUUUAAUUGAUGUUUUAAAUGUCAAGGUUGUAUGCCGUCAAUAUGUCCGGUCUAAAACAGCUGUCAGAAAAUGACUACUUAUUAAGUUUUAAUGACUGGUUGUGGUCUUGGCAGCACCUGGGCAAUUAUGUGAAAUUUCAGUUAAAGUUUUUCUAUACUGUAUUCAACAGUAGUGCCUGUGUGUGCGUGUGUUAAUAGCUUUUUCUUUUGUUGCAGUCUACAGGAAAAUGCUAUAGGGAACGAAGGUGUCAUUUUUCUUGCUGAAGCCCUGAAGACCAACGUGUCCCUGCGAACAUUAUGGUUGGUCUUGCAGUUAUGUUUAAUAUGGUUUCUUUUACCAGCUUUUUGCGAUAAUACAUCCUAAGUUUUAUGCACAUUAAUGUUAAUCAGUUUUUAUCAGAUUUGUGCUUGGACAGUGUUUUUCCAUAUGUGUAAAUUUGCUGUUUCUUGCUUUUAUCUUAAGUGUUGAUCAUUUGCAUGUGCUGUCUCUUCAGUCUUCAGGGGGUCUCAGCAGGCAAAAGUGGCGCCAUUGCAAUGGCAGGUGCACUUAUGGUGAACCAAACCCUGCAAACCCUGGAGUGAGUACACGCUCUCUUGUGUCAAACUGUUCUUUUUUUAUUGUACAUUAAGCCAUGUAAUAAGCAAGCAAUUCAACACCAGAGGUUCUCUACUUUGGUCUUAAGUGGCACAACUAUUCAGCUUUCAUCUUCAGUCUGUGUAUCUGGAGCAUGGCAUCCAUUCACAUGACCUAGACAAAAACACUUUAGCUUUUUGGUACAUUUCUCUGUCUCAUUGAAUGUACUCAGGAGGACGCUCCUUAUCUCAACCGCUUUUUUAUUUUCAGCCCCCCAGUGUGUUGCUUAAAUAGGAUCAGUAUUAAGUUUUAAUUCACUGUCAAAAAAUUCACAAAUACCAAGCACAUUAAAAUGAAACUAUAGUUUUAUGUUCCCCAUCAAUGCCAGUCCUAAGACCCUCAGUGCAAAUACAUUACAACUAGUGUAAGUCCUCCAGUUCAUAUCCAUUUGUCGGUUUUCAGAGGUUUGGCUCAUACAUAAACAUGUAAACAUCCCCCACUCUUUCUACUUUUAAAUCACGUCCUAAAACUCAUUUUUAUUCCUUGCCUUUACGGUCAGCAUUAGAGUUGUGUGAUCUCUGUCUUAUUAUGUCUUUUGUGGUCCUUUUAUCACUUUUUUUAUGCUUUUGUGUUUUUAUUUCAUUUUAUUUUAAAUGUGUUUUACCUGUUUUUAUUUAUUGGGUCUGAUUGGAUAUGCUGGAAAUAUUUACUUGAAUCUCCUGUAGUGUUUGACCAGCAGAAAAAAAAAAAAAAUGUGUGUGCAGGACUGAUUUAAGGCCAUUCUGUCUGUAUGAUUUUUAAGUAUGUACUUCAAUUAAGUGUCUUAAAACACCUACAUUCAGGCCUUUUUUUUUUUUUACUUCUAGAGUGUGAAAGUACGUAGUAUUGAUUCUUUUUAGGCCAUAAUGAAACUCUUCUCCUCAGCUUUUUUUUUCAAACCCAAAAAGAGAAUCAGUUUUGACUGUAGUGGCUGUUUUCUCAUACUUUUUUCAUCUUUAUGUAAAACAGUCUGCAAGUCAUUGCAAAGACUUUAACCAGGCAAAUAGAGAAGGAAAAAACCUCAAAUGCAAGGGCUUGAAAUAAAAAUUAAUAAAUAAAUUUAAAAAAGAAAAGAAAAAAAAAAACAGAAAAAAAAACCUAAUUGAGCACUGAUGGGAAGAAAACUGGCUUUUUAAAAUCCUACACAUGUACCAUAGUACAACAGCACAAAGUCUCACAUUGUUAUAUACUUAAUGAAACACUUUUUCCACUGUUGCAGUCUGCGUGGGAACACUGUGGGGAUGGAGGGUGCCAAGGCUCUGGCUAAUGCACUGAAAAGUAACAGAAGCCUUAAGUCACUGAAGUAAGUGCAGCCUCGAAUCUGUCAUAUUCAUAACCAGUUCAGUACGUGUCAUUGCCAGAUAGAUAGAAGGGGACAACUUUUCAGUAAGACCAAGAAUGUUGCAUAGGAGAAGUAAGUUCAUAGGACAGAAUUAUAGAAAACAUCAUUUGUCUGUUUGUGUUUAUUAGUCUGCAGGAGAACUCUCUGGGUAUGGAUGGAGCCAUCUUCAUUGCAACAGCCUUGAAGGGAAACCAUCAACUAACAUACAUCAAGUGAGAUCUCUGGCCUACUACUCAUCUUUGUUGUCUCUCUACAUACAGUAUAGUUUUUCUAUAAAAGCUGUGCACUAAAGAUGAGAAGCUUUCAUAACUCAGUUAAUCUUAACAUCAUGUAUUUGAUUUUGUGUUCCUGUAGUUUACAAGGGAACGGCAUUGGAGAAUCUGGAGCAAAGGUCAUAUCUGAUGCCAUCAGAACCAACGCUCCGGGCUGUGUUGUAGCCAUCUGACCAAGGAAAGAUCAUACUCUACUUGAGAAUGUUGUAUACUGUAUAAUGGAGCGCAUCACAAGUAGAGCAGAAGUAGAUAGCUGUAGAUAUCCUUAUGAAACCUAUAUAAGUGUCACUGUAUCUUGGAUUGAUAUGUGUGUAUUUAUUUUUAUAUUGACUGACUUUCAAGUGUGAAAAAGAAAUUAAAAAAGGUUGAAUAUGA